AUGGACCAUCAAGUAUCUCUUCUACCAUCCACCACCACCGGUCUCUCGUUCAAGGUUCAUCGCCAUCAGCCGGAGCUAGUCACUCCGGCUAAGCCAACACCACGAGAGCUCAAGCCUCUUUCCGACAUAGACGAUCAACAGGGACUUAGGUUUCAAAUUCCGGUUAUCUUUUUCUAUAGACCAAACGUUACAAGUAAUCAUGACCCCGUCCAAGUGAUCAAGAAAGCUCUUGCCGAGACGCUGGUUUACUAUUACCCGUUCGCUGGUAGGCUCCGUGAAGGACCAAACCGGAAACUCGCCGUGGACUGUACCGGAGAAGGCGUUCUGUUCAUCGAAGCCGAUGCGGACGUGGCGUUUGCUGAGUUGGAGGAAGCUGAUGCUCUUCUCCCUCCUUUUCCUUGCCUUGAAGAGCUUCUCUUUGAUGUCGAGGGUUCGAGUGAGUUGCUUAACACUCCUUUGCUUCUUGUCCAGGUCACGCGCCUGAAAUGUGGAGGGUUUAUCUUUGCACUGCGUUUCAACCACACCAUGACCGAUGGAGCCGGUCUGUUCCUCUUUUUGAAAUCACUUUGCGAGUUGGCGUGUGGGUUACACGUGCCCUCGGUUCCACCUGUUUGGGACCGACAUUUGCUGAUUGCGAGUGCCUCCGCGAGUGUGACCCACAUGCACCGCGAGUAUGAACAAGAGGUCGAUACCGAUGCGAUACCUAUCGGAGUCCCUUUGGUUAGUCGGUCUUUCUUUUUUGGAGCGAGAGAAUUCUCCGCUAUAAGGAGACUUCUCCCGCCGGAUCUCCAUAAUACUACUUUUGAAGCGUUGACUUCAUUUUUGUGGCGUUGUCGGACUGUUGCAUUGAAUCCUGAUCCUGACACCGAGAUGCGAAUGACGUGCAUCAUUAACUCGCGUGCGAAAUUUAGCAACCCACCACUUCCACAAGGCUACUAUGGAAACGCUUUUGUCAUUCCUGUAGCGAUAGCGACCGCUAGAGAUCUGAUGGAAAAACCGCUUGAGUUUGCUCUGAGGUUGAUACAAGAGGCAAAGUCAAGCGUGACAGAGCACUACGUUCGGUCAGUGACAGCCUUAAUGGCAACUAGAGGCCGGCCCAUGUUUGUGACGGCUGGAAACUACAUAGUGUCAGAUUUGAGACAUUUUGAUUUCGGAAAAGUUGAUUUUGGGCCAUGGGGCAAGCCGGUGUACGGUGGAACCGCUAAGGCCGGUAUCGCAGUUUUCCCGGGAGUGAGCUUCUACGUACCGUUCAAGAAUAAAAAAGGAGAGACGGGAACCGUCGUGGCAAUUAGCUUGCCGGUUCCUGCUAUGGAGAGGUUCGUGAAAGAGCUUGACCAUUUGUUAAAACAGCGAGCACGUAUCUAA